UACUAUAAAUACAAGAAGCUUCUCUUUUGCCUUCACUUGAUAUUUUAUAAAAAGAAAGAAAGUGAGAUGAAUAUGUCAACUUAUUGCUGCCUCAAACCUUCAUUACCUUCAAGUACUUCAUCGUCCUGUUUGCCAACAAAGACAAAUCAUCUUCCAUGGAACCAAAAAGAGACGAAGUGGUCAUGGAGGAGCAAAAGAUUGAUGGCAAUUGCAACAAUCAUAGUAAUUGGUGUAGAAGUGGGGGAUAUUGUAAGCAACAUGAAUGGAAAUUAUUCGAUAGCUAGUGAACUUGUAAUGGAAUCUCAAUUACAAAACAACAAUAAGGUUGCAAGAUGGAGUGACAAAAGAAUUUGCCCACCAUGGCAUAUCAAUUCCUUAGAAACUAUUGUACCUGAGAAUCUCCCUAGGCCAUCUGCCCAUAGGAAAUGGGAGGGAGUUUCUUACUCUAUUAAACCCGCCCCAAUAAUUAAGUUUUUAGUUACACCACCAAAAAGUUGUUUUUUACUGUAAACAAAAAAACAAAUAUUACAUUUUAAUUUCGUGUGUACAUAUAUUAUAUAUAUGCCACUAUAUUGUUUACGGAUUUGUAAAUGUAACCUUUGUUUAUUUUUGAAGGGAGUAACCUUUGUUUAUUGAUUGAACAUUAAAUUGCAGUACAAA